AUGCUUUCGGCAUGCAUUUCGUUUCCCCAGAAUGAGCCCACUGUGGUCUGUGGGCGGCUGCACAAGGAUGGAAGCACGUCUCCACUGUACCACUGUGCCAGGGCCACGUGCUCGGGCAAAUGGAAUUGGGACGGCCCGGCCACGGAACAAGUCCAGUGUCCCGAGUGCCUAGCCGUCAACUGCCUCGCCUGCCGGGCGAUACACAAGGGCUUGACGUGCGAGGCAUAUAUUCAGUACCUUGUCAGGUCGCUGGACAGCGGUGCAUUAGAGGAUUCUCGGCAGAAAAAAGCCAGACUUCGAGAACAAAUAGAUCUCUACGAAAAGGAUAUGGUGACGAAUUCAGUACCGUUCACCUGCAAAGUUUGUGACGCUGCAGUUCCAGAGGGUGAAGGCGUCUGCCUCAAAAGCUGUCACCACCUGUUGUGCAGGAGUUGCUUGGUGGCUGCCAUUGAACGUUCGGGCACAGUGGCAGUCAAAUGUCCGUUCAUCGGCAAUGAUGUGACUUGUGUUAUGGAUCUUCAAGACUCAGAAAUCAGAUCGCUUUUAUCCAAGGAAGAAUACGAUGAGUUCCUGGAAAAAGGCUUAACUGAAGUCAAGGUGGCAGUGAAAAACUUCUUUCACUGCAGAACUCCCGACUGCCCGUGGUGGUGUCUGGUAGAGGGAGGUGUCGUCGAGGUGGAGUGCAAACUUUGCGGCAGAACGAGUUGUGCCCGGUGCGAUGCCAUGCAUACUGGAAUGACGUGCGCCGAAUACCAGGCGUGGCGAGCGAGCAAGAUGCAGGUUGUCUUAGCCAAAGAGCCAGAAGACAACCUCGAUCUAUUCAUGAGCUGUUGUCUUCAUAUUGCGUGGAUGGCGGGCAUCAUCUACCUACUGGUAAAAUGUGUGAUGCCUUCAUUGUCAUGA